CCGAAAAAAUAAAGUUCAGCAAUUAGGAAAAAUAAACAAAAUUAGAGAAUUUAAGGCAUGAGUUAAAUUUCUAGUUAGAGUGGAUUCAGCUACAGCGUGAGAGCCCUGAACCGGCGGUGGCGGGAGACAGCGACAGUCAUGAAUUCCCUCUGCUUGUUGCGCGGCGCCAUUUCUCUUCGAGCAUUCAACUUUAUCAAAACAGCUAAUCAAACUGCCCAGAUUCGUCGCCCUCUACAGUUCCGCAGGGUUUUGUCAUCUGUAAGAGCUACAAGCGAUGAAGAGUUGGCUGCUGCUGCUGCUGCCGCCAAUGCUGAUAGCGGCGCCCCAACAAUAUUUGACAAGAUUAUUUCUAAGGAGAUCCCAUCUUCAAUUGUGUACGAGGAUGAAUCGGUUCUUGCCUUUCGAGACAUUAGCCCACAGGCCCCGGUUCAUGUUCUAGUUAUUCCAAAGCUACGCGAUGGUUUAACCCAGCUCGGGAAGGCUGAAAAAAGGCAUGAAGAGAUAUUGGGGAAGCUUCUUCAUGCUGCUAAGAUAGUGGCGGAGAAAGAAGGGAUCAGUGAUGGUUUUCGUGUCGUCAUUAACAGUGGCGCAUCUGCCUGUCAAUCUGUUUACCAUCUUCACCUACAUGUUCUUGGAGGGAGACAGAUGAAAUGGCCACCUGGUUAAGUAGAAGACUUGGAUAAAUAAAGCAAAGAGAAUGGAGCUUCACUAGAGCAUCCUCUCCUUUUCUCUCUUUUCUUUUUUAGAGUCUUGUUGCAUCAACAUUUUAGGUCGGAUAUCAGCACCACAAAUAACAGCUGCUGAUAAAAUUCAUUAAAUCGAAAGAGGCUUUUGGUACA